AUGGUCGAAGAUUCGAAAGAAGAUAAGAAGAAGGAGUCAAAAACUCCUCUUCUAUCUGCUAAUCUUUCCUAUCCAACUCGGCCAUAUGUUGCUCAAAUGCCUGCAUUAAUACGCCUAAUUGGUCAUUAUACAGAUUCUGGUCGAUCAAUGCCACACGCUGGUUCACCAGAAGCAGAAACAGCUUUUCGUAGUCAUCAAGAAGAUGAACAAGAACAACAACUUGUUUAUAAUCAAGAUACUCAACCUAUUGAAGUAAUUAAUCCAUUUGUUCGUUGGCAUCGACGUUGGUAUCGAAGUAAAGGUGUUGAUCCAUCACCAACUGUUGGUGUUUAUUAUACACCAUUUAAUAUGGCUCUUGAACCUUGGGCUAUGGGUAUAGGUGAUCAUGGAUGUGGUAAAAUAUUUAAACAAUAUAGAAUGUGCACUCAUAUGAUGCCAAGUUCUCAUCGAUAUCUAUGUCAAGAUGAAAAAGAUGAUGUUCGAGAAUGUAUGCUUGCUGAAAAACGAAUCUUACGUCAUCAAUUUAUGUAUCAACAUCGUGUUAAGAAAAAUUUACCAUUUCCUGAAGAUCCAUUGAUUGAUGGUUAUAAUUGGCCUUCAUUCAAAUAUUUAAAUUGA